UUCGGAAGAGCCGGAUUAACGCUUUCAGCGCCGAUUGUGGGAGAGCGAUAGAUGGGCUCCUUGCAAAACUAACGCUUGAUAAGCAUACAUGGUUGUAUGAGGGUACACGUAUUCGAGCAAAAUUAUAAUGAUGUUACAAACACUCCGACCAUCGCUGUGUCUUCUCAGAUGUACGGGGAGGGUGACAGCAGCUUUCACAAGGCUUUACCAUGGGGAUAAAGUGGCAACACUCGGUUCUCAGCCCGAUACAAACUCGCCACUCUUUCAGGAGAAUUAUGAACGAAUGCAGGCCCUUGUCAUGGAACUGAAGGAGCGAGCAGAAAAAAUCAAAUUUGGUGGUGGAGAAAAGGCAAGAACACUGCACACGUCCAGAGGGAAGCUGCUGCCCAGGGAGCGCAUUGACAGGCUGCUCGACCCCGGCUCUCCUUUUCUGGAACUUUCCCAGUUUGCAGGAUACCAGUUGUAUGGUAAGGAGGAAGUUCCAGCUGGUGGCAUCAUUACAGGCAUUGGCCGAGUGUCAGGGUGCAUUGUCACCUUUUUUUUCUGGUUCCCAGUGGACUCUGGAGGAGCAAACUUACCAAGACAGGCUGAUGUCUUCCCAGAUCGGGAUCACUUCGGACGCAUCUUCUACAACCAGGCACGCCUGUCCUCUAAAGGAAUCGCACAGAUAGCUGUCGUUAUGGGAUCCUGUACAGCAGGGGGAGCUUAUGUUCCUGCCAUGGCUGAUGAAAGCAUUAUAGUAAGGAAGCAAGGCACGAUAUUUCUGGGAGGUCCUCCACUGGUGAAAGCUGCAACUGGUGAAGAAGUGUCAGCUGAAGAGUUAGGUGGUGCGGACCUCCACUGCAGAAAGUCUGGCGUCACAGACCACUAUGCUUUGGAUGACAACCAUGCACUUCACUUGGCUCGAAAGGCUGUAAGAAGUUUGAAUUAUCGGAAGAAAAUUGAAGUGACAGUGGAGCCUCCAGAGGACCCCCUGUAUUCUUCCGACGAAUUAUACGGCAUCGUUGGCGACAACCUGAAAAGGACCUUUGACAUUAGAGAGGUUAUUGCACGAAUAGUUGAUGGAAGUAAAUUUGACGAAUUCAAAGCCUUUUACGGAGACACACUGGUCACAGGUUUCUCCAGAAUCUUUGGAUAUCCUGUGGGGAUCAUUGGGAACAAUGGAGUCCUUUUUUCAGAGUCAGCAAAGAAAGGAACACAUUUCAUUGAGUUGUGCUGCCAAAGGAAUAUUCCACUUAUUUUUCUACAGAAUAUCACAGGGUUCAUGGUUGGGAGAGAGUAUGAAGCCGGAGGAAUUGCAAAGGAUGGUGCCAAAAUGGUAACAGCAGUGGCCUGUGCCAAUGUCCCCAAAAUCACAGUCAUUAUAGGAGGUUCUUACGGAGCAGGAAACUAUGGCAUGUGUGGCAGGGCCUACAGCCCAAGAUUCCUGUACAUGUGGCCUAACGCUCGUAUAUCUGUGAUGGGUGGCGAACAGGCAGCCACUGUUUUAGCAACAAUCACAAAGGACCAGAAAGCCAGAGAGGGAAAGCAGUUUUCUGCAGAAGAAGAAGCCGCUUUGAAAGAACCCAUAAUCAGACGGUUUGAAGAAGAAGGCAGUCCAUACUAUUCCAGUGCCAGGCUGUGGGAUGAUGGAAUCAUUGAUCCCGCUGAUACCAGACUGGUGCUGGGUCUGAGUCUCAGCGCCGCCUUUAAUGCUCCCACAGAGAGGACGACCUUCGGAGUCUUCCGAAUGUGAUCAGGCGGCACAGUCUAUUGACUGCAGGAAAUUAAGCUGCAUCCAAUUAACAAAGGGUUCACUUCAGUGUUUCAGUAAAUAAUUGUAUGCUUAGCCCAGUGUGCUGUUUCGAAUCAUUUUGUUCCAAGAAAACUUAACCUGGUUUUGAUCGGGAAAAAUCAGCAAGAGUUCGUUUUUGACUGACCCAUAAUAAAAUGUUUAAACCAUC